GUUCCGCCGUAGUCGUUCCCACCUUCGGCCACCUUGGUCUCUACCACCUCGAUUGAUCCUACCACCGGAGACUGGGCAUAUAUAAGUGCCGUCAGCCAGGACAUCUUUAGAAUCGCAUCUAAUCGCAGCUAAUACGUUCAGCCAUGAAAUUCGCAGCGUUCUGUUUGCUCGCCUUCGUGGCGAUCGCUUAUGCCGAAUCCGACGAAAAGAAAUACACGAACAAGUUCGACAACAUCAACGUGGACCAAAUUCUGAACAGCGACCGACUUUUGACCAACUAUUUCAAAUGUUUGAUGGACGAAGGAAAAUGCACGCCUGACGGCUCCGAACUCAAACGACUCUUGCCCGACGCCUUGGCCACCGGAUGCAGCAAAUGCUCGGAAAAGCAACUGCAAAUGACGGAGAAGAUCAUCAAAUUCCUCACGGAAAACAAACCGGAAUUGUGGAACAACCUCCUGAACAAAUACGACCCGGACAAGAAGUACAGAAUGAAAUUCGAGGAGGAAGCGAAGAAGCGCGGCAUCAAAGUUUGCACUCACAAAAAGUCACGCGCGUUCGCUGGCUUCCUCAUGGGCUUCGUCUUGGGCGUUCUUCUAUACGAAUUCAUCAUCGUUGAUCUCCACUUCGAUCGUUACACCAGCUUCGUUCUUGCUGUCAUCGUCGUCACGAUGCUGUCCGUUGGAUGCGCUGCGUCCAUUCAGGUGAGAUGCGUUAGCCUGUUGUCAGUUGUAUCGUUCUUUGGCCGUUCAGGGCGCAGCGUGUUAAGGGCACUGGUUUUUGGAUACGUAAUCGCUGGCCCGGUGUUCAAUAUGGUGAUUAACGCGAAGGAAGUAGUGAGGACGUUCGCCUGCACUUCGCAGCUGACGUACAAUCUCACCAAAACACGGUUCGACUUGAUGUUCAAACCGUUUCAACAGGCCGUUCUUUCGAUGAAGACUGAUGGAGAAGAGAUAAAGGAUGCGCUGUCCUCGGUGAGAGACCUGAUGAGUCCUAUCGUGGAGGAAGUGGAAGGCGAAGAGGAGAUGCUGCGAUUGAAGGAGCAAAACGAUUAUCUGGACGAGUUGCAGGACGAUACGAAGAGAAGCGAGGAAAUCGAAAAGAAGCAUGAAAUGAAAAUCGAGGAAGCCGAGUCGGAGGCAGACGUGUACGAAGCGAAGUACAAGAAGAAGAUCGAAGCCAGGUGCGAGGAACAGCUCAGUCGAGGAGCAGACAGAUGCAGGGACAUGUUCAAGGGCGCUUACGACAGCUGUUACGAGAAAGUCACCGUGUUCGUUGCGUGGCUUCUUUGCUGGCCGAUGAAGCUGACUUUCGUGUGCAACCUGGUCCAGUCAUUGGGUGGAGCCAGCGUCUGUGAUCCCGAGGGAAAAGUUGACAACGGUAUCGGCGAGGGUUACGCCGCCUUGAAGAGUACCAGGGACGAGUUCAGCAGGAGUCUGAAGGACGCCAAACUGCAGUACAAACUGAAACGACCGCCUGUGAUAAUGGAUCUGAAGGACUCCGUCUACGCAGCCAAAGCUGUGACGAGCGAAUUCAACGUGAGAAAACAGUUUUUCGAAUCGGUGAUGGUGAUCAUAAGGAGGUGCUUGUCCUUCGUGUUUCUGAAGAUCAUCCUGAACGCACAAAGCUAUCACGAUAAGUACUUGACCGAUAUCGAGCACGACAACGUCUACGUGACGCCGUACUUCCGGCGAAUCGACGCCAGAAGAAAAGCAAGAGGCAGCGGGACGUUGCUGCCAUUGAAGAAGAUCGAACGAAAAAAAUUUGUUGAUCCUUACAGCUGGAAGCCUAGCAAGGCAGAGGGAUUUCGCGCGACAGGCCAAAUCGUCAAGCUGCUUCUUCAAAUUACUGCUGCUACCGUCUUCGUUAUCUUAGACAGCCUCUUCUAUGAAACGUUGGACCUGAUUAGAAGGCAUGCUCAUAUUGAGUAUAUGCAGGUGGGCCACCACGACUUGUCGCUGGAGAUCCGUGGCACAGGAGUGAUAGCGUCGCUGAUAAGAAGCGCAGUGCGCGGCUUCAACGUGAAGAAGCACAUAAAAACCGUCACCUCGAACGAAGCCUGUCUUCCAAGGCCCACGAAACUGUUCCCUCGCGUCCUUCUCCAAAUUUACGGGACCUUUUUCGCCAUUCUCGUUUUGAUCAUCGUCUCUGUUUACACGCAGAGAACUCGUCGUGGCAUCUGCUCGUUCUUCUACAGAAAAAGGGAGAAGAGACGAGUGCUGUACCUUUACAACGAGAGUCUCCGUCGCAGAAUCGGUUUCGCGAAGUUCGCGAAAGCCAAAGUGAAGAGUCUGGUGAGAACUCGUCGCUUGGAAUACGACGUGGACUUCUGGAUGUCGCUCAGACAGAAAUGGCCGAAGCAGUUCGAAUGGCUGAAGUUCUUUGCCUGCGCCAGGGAAAGAUGCUUGAUUUGUGGCGAAGCGGAGCCAAGGAAGGGACCAUCCUAUCGGCAGUGCACCACGCCUGGUUGUCCUUUCGUUCAUUGCGCCGAGUGCUGGAGGGACCUUCAAACGAAAACCAAACUUUGCACCAAGAUGAAGAGCGUCAUGAUUUCGUUUGCACUUGCGAGCUGCCUGCUCUUGGCAGACGUAUUCGGCGAGGACAAGUACACGACCAAGUACGAUAACAUAGAUAUUGAUACGGUGAUCAGUACCGAGAGACUUCUCAACGGAUACGUCAAUUGUUUAUUGGAUCGUGGUGCUUGCACUCCUGACGCUGCUGAACUUAAAAAAAAUCUUCCCGAUGCAUUGGAACACGAUUGUAUGAGCUGCAGCGAAAAGCAAAAGGAAGUUGCAGAUAAAGUCUCCCAGCAUUUAAUCGACCACAGAGCAGAAGAUUGGAGCUUUCUCGAGGCAAAAUACGACCCUUCGGGAGCUUAUAGACAACACUAUCUCGAAAAACAGGCCAAAGACAAAGCAAUAGACUAAACCGCACUUGGUAGUUCUUCGACUAAUUUGCGAUUCACCUUUAUUAACUUUAAAUGCACUUUAAACACACUCGACUACACAUUGUUAGUUACUCGGUAUCAAUUAUAAAUAUUUCACGAGUCAGUUGAAUUUAAUUCACAACACUUAGACGACGAAAACAUCUAAAUGGAUAGAUACAAAUUAACCAACUCUGCCGUAAAAUCUGCAUCCUCAAAACAUUUUCAUGUGGCCAUCCGUUCGGUAUCUCUAAAACGAUUAAGACUUCAGAUUUAAAAUUCAGAAAAAGAUUUCUGUAAACGGUUGCAAAUAUUUCAACCCUUCGCUAUGAUUUCCAUCCCUAUAAAGAGCGUACGUUUGCGCUUUUAAGUUAUUUGAAUCUAUUCGUAGUAUCCCAUUAGCCAUUUCCAACAAUUCGUUCCGAUCUUUUAAUCGUCCAACCUUUGAUCUUUUAAU